UGUGAGAGGUGGAGCCUUCAGCCUCCUGAUGGAGAAGCACUAACCGGAGACCGCAGCCUCUGAACGGACCGUGUGGACCCGAACCAGAGCCGAACCUCCCGGUUUGUGUGUGUUUCCUCGUGCGUGUCGGUGCUUCUUGUCGGUGAUGGAGGCGGCGGAGGGUGGCGUGUGCGGGGUGAAGGUGAUGUGUCGCUUCAGGCCGCUGAACGAGGCGGAGCGGAGCCGCGGAGACAAAAACAUCCCGAAAUUUAACGGAGAGGACACCGUGGUGGUGUCGGGGAAGCCGUAUGUGUUCGACCGAGUCUUCCCCCCAACCACUGAACAGGUUCAGGUGUACGACACCUGUGCCAAGCAGAUCGUCAGAGAUGUGUUGGGAGGAUAUAACGGCACCAUCUUUGCUUAUGGUCAGACCUCCUCAGGAAAGACUCACACAAUGGAGGGGACCCUUCAUGACCCUCAUCAGAUGGGCAUCAUCCCUCGUAUUUCCAGAGACAUCUUCGACCACAUCUACUCCAUGGAUGAGAACCUGGAGUUCCAUAUCAAGGUGUCUUAUUUUGAAAUCUAUCUGGAUAAAAUCAGAGACCUGCUGGAUGUGUCAAAGACCAACCUGGCUGUUCAUGAAGAUAAGAACAGAGUUCCCUUUGUGAAGGGCUGUACGGAGCGCUUUGUUUCCAGUCCCGAGGAGGUGAUGGACGUUAUCGAUGAAGGAAAAGCAAACAGACACGUCGCUGUGACCAACAUGAACGAGCACAGCUCUCGCAGUCACAGCAUUUUUCUGAUCAACAUCAAACAGGAGAACGUGGAGACGGAGAUGAAGCUAUCAGGGAAACUUUACCUGGUGGACCUGGCAGGCAGCGAGAAGGUGAGUAAAACAGGAGCAGAGGGCGCCGUUUUGGAUGAGGCUAAAAACAUCAACAAGUCUCUGUCUGCUCUGGGGAACGUCAUCGCUGCCCUGAGUGAAGGAACGAAAACCCACGUUCCAUACAGAGACAGUAAGAUGACCCGGAUCCUUCAGGACUCUCUGGGUGGAAACUGUCGAACUACCAUCAUCAUCUGCUGCUCGCCGUCUGUUUACAACGAGGCUGAAACCAAGUCCACCCUCAUGUUUGGACAGAGAGCUAAAACCAUAAAGAACACAGUGUCUGUGAACCUGGAGCUGACCGCCGAGGAGUGGAAGAAGAAGUAUGAGAAGGAGAAAGAGAAGAACAGGAGUCUGAACAUCAUGAUCCAGAAACUGGAGAAUGAGCUGAAACGCUGGAGGAAAGGUGAGUCUGUACCUGUGGAGGAACAGAUGGGCAACAGAAACAAGAAGUGCAGCAGCGAGACAGCAGCAGCGAUUGACAGCUUGGCUCCGCCCCCCGUUGCCCUGUCUGAGGAGGAGAAGUCGCAGUACGAGACUCUCAUCACUGACCUGUACCAGCAGCUGGACGACAAAGAUGAUGAGAUCAACCAGCAGAGUCAGAUGUCUGAGAAACUCAAACAGCAGCUGAUCGACCAGGAUGAGCUGCUGGCAUCUAUCCGCCAGGACUAUGAGCGGCUGCAGGAGGAGCUGUCCCGCCUGCAGAGGGAAAGCGAUUCAGCUAAAGAGGAGGUGAAAGAGGUGUUGCAGGCGCUGGAGGAGCUGGCUGUCAACUAUGACCACAAGAGUCAGGAGGUGGAGAAUAAGAACCGCUGCAAUGAACAGCUGAACGACGAGCUCGCUCACAAAACUGUCAGUCUGGAGGCUGUUCAGAGGGAGCUGUUCUCCCUGCAGGAGCUCAGCUCUCAUCAUAAGAGGAGGUCAGCGGAGAUCGUCAGUUUGCUGCUCAGAGACCUCAGUGAGAUCGGCAGUGUUCUCGGGACCACCGAGCUCAAAGCUAUGACUGAAGUGAGUGGAGUGAUGGAGGAAGAGUUCACAUCCGCCCGACUCUACAUCAGUAAGAUGAAGUCUGAAGUCAAAUCUCUGGUGAACCGCAGCAAACAGUUGGAGGUCAACCUGACAGAAAACACCUGCAAGAUGAAGGCGAAUGAGAAGGAGCUGAGCACGUGCCAGCUGCUCGUGUCGCAGCUCCGGGCAAAGCUGGGGUCUCUCACCGAUGACCUCCAGAAGGUGGAACAGAAGAAGAGGCAGCUGGAGGAGAGUCAGGAUGCUCUGAUGGAGGAGGUCGCCAAGCUCCGCGCUCAAGGUCAAAUGCACGAGCUGACAGUGAUGGACAAAGAGAAAGAACACAUGAGCCAGCUGAAGGAUGUUGUGGAGAUGAAGAGAACACUGGAGGAACAGAUGGAGAACCACCGGGAGGUUCAUCACAAACAGCUGAGUCGACUCCGCGAUGAGAUCGAUCAGAAACACAGAGACGUCGACCGACUCAAAGACGUGAACCAGGCUCUGCAGCUGGAAAAUAGGAAGCUUCAGUCUGACUUGGACAAACUGAGAGCAGAGGAUCAGAACAAAGACCAGAAGCUUCAAAAGCUCAUGUUUGUGAACGAGAAGAGAGAACAAGCUAAAGAAGACCUGAAGGGUCUGGAGGAGACGGUGGCCAAAGAGCUGCAGAUGCUCAACAACCUUCGCAAACUCUUCAUCGACGACAUCGGAGCUCGAAUCAAGAAUAGUUCAGAGAAUGACAGCGAUGAGGCUGGUGGCAGUUUGGCUCAGAGACAGAGGAUCGUCUUCUUAGAAAAUAACUUGGAGCAGCUCAGCAGGGUCCACAAACAGCUGGUUCGGGAUAACGCUGAGCUCCGCUGUGAGCUGCCCAAAUUGGAGAAGCGUCUUCGGGCGACAGCGGAGCGAGUGAAAGCUCUGGAAACUGCUCUGAAAAAUGCAAAAGAGUCAGCCGUGAGGGAUCGCAAACGCUACCAACAGGAAGUUGACCGCAUCAAAGAGGCCGUGCGGUCCAAAAACCUGUUCAGGAAAGGACACUCGGCUCAGAUUGCCAAGCCAAUAAGAGCCGGUCAUCAGCACCAUCAGAAUCCGUCCUUCUCCCAUGCUAUCCGACCGACCAUCAGAGGAGGGGGUGCAGGGUCCAGCCCACGACACCAACCCCCCCGACAGCAACCUCAGCAACAUCUCCACCAGAGCAGCAGCAAGUAGGCUCCAGGUAGCAGAUGACUCUGGAUCAGUUUCCUUUUCUGUGGAUCUUUGGACCCUCCUGUUUUCACCACUCUGCCUAUACUGGAACCACAUCCCACAAUGUUCUGCCUUAACAGCCAUUCCACCUUAAACAAUCCACCUUAACAGCCUUGCCAGCUUAACAAACAUUCCACCCUAACACAGGUGCUCUCUCUGACUGUUUUCUGAAUUUUUGUUGUUGUUGUUUAUUCUCAAACAAUCAAAGAAUUACCGCUAAGAAAAGUUAAUAUUUUAUCUUUUUCUUUUUUUUUAACUAAAUGACAUUUUUAGAUUUUUGGGUGUCUGUUGCCUUUAUUACACAGCACAGUGGAGAAAGAGAGGAAAGAUGCACCAAAGGCUCUCGGGUCAGUUCUGCCUGGUCGCUGCGUCUGGUUGCCUUUAGCUGUGAGCUAAACCUGCUCUCCUAAAUUUUAAAAUCUGAGUCUGAAUCUGAGUCUGUAAACCUGUCAGGGUUUACUCAUCAUGUUUAUGGCAUUCAACUCUCAGAUUUAAAGCAAACAGAUUUUUCACAGAGGUGCAGAAUUCCUCGUUUGAAAUUAAAUUAAAUAAGAGUUUAUUGUAAUCUUUAAAAAGUGUUAUUCUCCAAACCUAGGGGUAAUCUGGAAAUGCUGCUCCCUGAUUCCAACUCCACCCAAGGACAAAAACUUUUAGCAGUCUAAACUCUACGCAGCCGUUUGUUGACUUCGGCAGUGAGCCACACCAAAAUAAAGGUCCCUGAUGUUCCCUGCCCAAAAUGAAAGUCAAACAACAGAUACAUUUCUAACCUAAGGUCCUACUCAAACAAGAGAAAACGGAUUUCAACAGAAAAGGCUUCUCAUUCCUAUCAGGCUGCUGCCUUGUUUAACAUAAAGUAAAAGAAUACUCCAGGUUGUCUAAUUUACAAAACUAUUAAUAACUAUUUACAAAGUGCUUGAUUAGGUCUCACAACGCCACACACACAAGAUCACUCACUUUACUCACUAAUGACCUUUUUGACUCAGGAGUUUCACACAGAGAACACUCAAAGUUACCAUCAGAAACACACAGCUUGUUGUCCAGUCUGGGAACAGGAAUCCAAGCAAACAACUCGGCUGUCAAGAUAUACCCACACACAACCCUGGGAGGGAGGAGAGAGAAAAACCCACACCCACAUCCUCUGGUGGGAGGGGCCACACAAAUAAAAACACACAUAAUAAUGAUACUAAAAUCAGUCAGGGCUCUAGACUAACUUCUUGCUACAGUUGCACUGGUGCGGCUAACUUUUUUCCUUAGGUGCAUCCAAAUUUUUUAACCGCGUCACUUAAGACCGCAGUUUUACAUGUUCACUUAUUUUAUUUUUUUUAAAUUGUCAACACAAAGUUCUUUAUUUGGAGCACAUUUCUACAAGAAAGACAAGUUACUGAAAAAUGUGUUUAAAGUGCUUGACUGAGCUGAAAUUUAAACUUAAAACAUCUCAAGAUAUAUUCAAUAAAAAGAAAAUGUAAAUUAAAAAGACCUCAAAGUGUCUGACAGGCUUCAAAGUGAACAUCUCAGUGUCUGAACAGCUUUAUAUCUUGUGGACCCUCCUCCAUUGCAGUCACAUGGCCCUCAGAUGGCCAACUCCUGUAAUCUGGCCUUUCCCCCCUUUUUUCCCAUGUGUCUGCGAUGACACCUGUAACCUGGGCACACGUGACAUCAUUACUGUACGUGGGGUUUACCUUCAAGACAUUUUUCUUGUGAAGAAUUAUUUUGGUCUUGAACUUAGUGAAUGGAACAUCUUCUUUGGGAAUAUCGUAGGCAAUGUUAAACGUAAUCAUCACAUCGGCCUCUUCUGACGACCUGUUUGCUGCCGCUGAAAGGCCGUGGGGAGAGGGGAAACUUGGCCAGUGCAUUUAUCGCAGCAUAUAAUGUGUUUCCUGAAUACACUGUGCUUUUUCAGCGUUUCAUUUUGAAACGUAUUAGCUGCAGUCACAAAUGCAGUAUUGCCGGCCACAGUUUCUCCACACUCACCGCAGUAAAUGCAGUGCAUCAUGUUGUCAGCUUUACUGUAUCUUAGCCAGGGAAACUGGUCAAGCCGCUCUCUUCCCAACGUAUACACUUUACGCUUUUACUGUCAGUGGGCUCAUUAUCUGAUGCCAUCUCUGGACCAGUGUUAGACAUAACCUGAGAGGUUGAUGGCUCCGUGUCAGAGCACUCACUAUGAAUUUCAGACGGAUCAGACCUUAAUGAAAGAGUUAUCAAUCGUUCUUUUCAUCUUUUCUCAUUACCCACAGCUACAGCCACUUCUAUCGGGUCUAGGCUGCUCACCUCUGUCUACCUGCCUGCACCUUCAAAUGUACAUACACAUAGGCCUACAUCUGGACCAUGACCAAUCAGAGAGCUCCUGCCCCUCACUAUCUCUGAUUGGUUUAGACCACGAUACAGGCAUAAUGUGUGAUGUUUUCUUUACUUGAAUGACUGGUUGCACCGGUGCGACCUAGGAUUCUUUUAUGUGACCCAACUGAGAAGUUGGGUCACAUGUCACACUCUAGAGCCUUGUUUAUGUUGUUGCAUUAAAAACCUCAGUAUAAAAUCUUUUUUUAAUGAAACAAAUGUUUCUCACAUUUUUUUUCAUUUUGAAAUAAAAUUUUCAAAGUGUUACAACUUUUGAUUAUAUGAGUUUUUAAAAAUUGCAGCGAUCCUCUCACACACUUUCUCUUUCAUUCAAACCAUAAAUAUGAUUGCAGCUUUAAAAGACGCUGCUGGAGGAAUAAAAUUCAGGAAAUUCCAGGAACACGAUCGAAAGUUGUUGUGUUUUUAAAAAAAAAUUAAUUUAAAACUUAUUUCCCUGACGACAGUGUUGGAUUGCAGAUAUUGAUUGUGUGUUUUUAAUGUGUUUAUUACUGGAGUGUAAUUUAAGGAGUUUAUUUUACUGUUUAUUUAUUAGCUUAAAGUGAAAAGUGUGUAUGUUACUUUUGUCAUCCAGCUGGAAAUGAUCAUGUGUCAGUGUGUUUGUGUUGUGGUUGUUGUUGUGAAUCUGCAGUAAGUUUACAGAGCGGCGAGGCUGAUGAAUGACAGCUUCAAAGUGACACGAUCAGCUGAUGGCAGAUGUUGUGAACAGGAAGUUAGUGACAUGAUGUCAGCCAAUCAGAACAUCAUGUUUUCUGCAGUGUUUGUGGUCACUUUACAUCUCCAACAUUGUAUUGAAAGCAAGCUAAAGCACAUCUGUUUGUAAGUGUUUAUUGAUGUAUUGGUAAUGUUUACGUGCUGCCAAUGAAAGUGUUUAUCAUAACUAUGUUCAUAAUGUGCUGUAAGAACAAAGUGAUACUGAAGUGAUUCACAGGUUGUUGUAAAGACAUCGAACAUCACGUGUUUCUGAACAUGUCAAAUAAAGUGAAAGAUGUUUAUCUGACAUCAGGAAUAGUGUUUACUUCUUAAUCAUUUAUUUAAACACUGGAAAAAUGUGAGAUCGGAUGAUUAAACUGAUAAAUGGGCCAACUGUUUUUCAUAUACAGGUCAGUGAUGUAUCUGGCUUAAGUAGUUAAGCUUGUGAUUAAUUAGAACAGCUGUAAUCGGGUUUACGUGAACUGUUGGCAUCGUUAUUUAUUUAUGUUAUAUUUUGCACUCUGUUUUUGUUGAG